GCACCCGGCCAUAAAGGGUGUUUCAUCGGUGUGCUGGAUAUCUACGGAUUCGAGGUGUUUAAGGUCAACAGUUUCGAACAGUUCUGUAUCAACUACGCCAACGAAAAACUGCAGCAACAGUUCAACCAGCAUGUCUUCAAACUGGAACAGGAUGUAUGUACAUGUAUGCGUCUACCUUGA